AUGCGCUUGGGUAUAUUCCUGGCUCUUGUAGCCUCGGCUGCGGCUCUCCGCUGUAACAGUGGUAACCUCAUUCUUGAGGAUGGAAUAAUCACUGCAAAAUCAUUAGAAUCUAAAUUAUGUCUUGGUACAUGUACCCGUACCGUAAUUGAGGCCACUCAAUCUACCGUUGUUUUCUUAGGCUGUCAAGAGAAUGAGAUCUCAAACUUCUUGAAUGAGAAAGAAGGAAAAGUUGGAUGCUCUGCCACAGAACUCGGAACCGAAUGCGUCUGUAAGGAUGGCGAUUUCUGCUCAGAUUAUCAUGCUGAGGAGAAUAUCGAGCAUACCGAGCUUGCUAAUACUGGCGAGUCCGAUGCUGUUGGACCCAAAUGUUAUGUUGGAUACUAUGCUGUUCCUGUUAAUGGUCAAGCUGCCCAAAUUCUCAAUGCUGGAGACACCGUAUAUUGCUCACCAAACAUGGCUUGUUCCAGUUUGAACUCAACUGUUUAUGGAUAUGAUGUUGAAGCUUACUUCUGUAUUCCAACAACUGUUUGUAACACUUUGAUCGGACAGAAUGAUGGUUGCGGAUCAGUGAAAAAUGAAAACAACACCGUUUAUGGAUGCUGCUGUACUGAUCUUGUGAACGGAUGUUUGAAGCUUGUUAACAAGAAUAUCAACCCACCAACAACUGUUACCAAUGACACUCAAACUGUUAACUGUUAUUCUGGAGCUGCGCUCGAUUACCACAAUUUGGGAGGUUCUGGCACCCUAUGCCGCGGAUCAUGCUCUUAUUUCUCUAUCCGUACUACCCUCGGACAAGGACCAGGCCAAACCAAUCAUGUCCUCGACAUUUACACUUGCGACCCUGUCGAACUUUGUACAGCCAUCGGACUCAAGAAUAGUUGUGGAAACUUGGCGAUUAGUGGAACUGAUUCUCUCCUUCGUGGUUGUUGUUGUGACAGUGAUAAUUGCAUCGAUCCCACUACUACUCCACCAAAGUAUCCAGUUAAGCAACUUAAAUGUUUCACUGGAUUCUAUGCACCUGGAAACGGCUACAGUAUUGGAGCAGAGCAAUAUUGUGAUGGCCAAUGUGGUCGUAUGGAAUUCAUGGUCAAUGGAACUUCAAUUAAGUACAUGAUGUGUGCUCCAUAUACAACAUGUCAAGGACUCGGAAUUGCUCAAGCUGACCAGUGUUACAACCCACCACUUGAAGAGGAAACUAAGCUUUGCUGUUGUUCAUCCUUCGAUAACUGCAAUAUUGCUAAGCUUGACCGUCCUUAUAUCCCAGUUAAUACAACAAUUGUUCCAACUAACAACUACCCAAUCCUCUGUUAUGGAGGAGUUUUCUUGAACGGAAACCCAGUUAGUAAUGGAGCUUACUCUUUAUGCUCAGGUGAAUGUGCCACCGCCUCUUUUGUUACUAACAUCUGGGGACAACAACACAAUACCACCAUUUAUACUUGUGAUCCCGUGUCAAUGUGCAAAACUGCCCAGAUUACCAACUCAUGUGGAACAGUUGAUGGUAUUUCUGGAGUUACUGCUUGCUGCUGUGACCAAGAUCUAUGCUAUGAUCCAAACAGAAAACCAAUGGGACAACUUACAUGCUACACAGGAAUUUAUGUUCCUGACGAUAACUACUUGACCGGAGGUGAAAUGCAAUGCGAUGGAUGGUGUGCCAGCUUAACCGCAGUUAUCAACAACAAAACAACUAACACAUAUUGGUGUGCCCCAGUUCAGACUUGUCGUCGUUAUGCUCUCGGCAUGGGAGGUGAUAACAACUGUGGUUCUGUAAGUGGAUCUGAUAACACUUUGACCGGUUGCUGUUGUUCUGAGAAAGACAACUGUAACAUUCCCAGCAGUCUUUUGCCUAAUGUUACUAGUAUCCCUACACGCAUAGAUCCUCCAAUCGUCUGCUACGAAGGUCUUUACAUCAACGGACAGCCAAGCACCCCUGGCCGUUACCGUGUUUGUGACGGAGAAUGCGCUUCUAUCUUUAUGGGAACCACAACUAAGAACAACACUCUCUUCACCGCUGCACUCUAUACUUGUGAGCCUUCUGGAUCAUGCUCUAGCAUGAACCUUCGUAACAACUGCUCUAUGAUCGAUAGUCAAGUUAAUGCUUGUUGCUGUGAUACUGAUGCUUGUAUUGAUCCUACCGUCAACAGAGUUCCAGGACAAAAACUGACUUGCUUCGCUGGACUUAUAUCUUCUUACAACAAUACCAAUGUUGGAGCAGAAGUUCCCUGUGAUGGUUAUUGUGCAAAUAUAACAUCAACUGCUGGAGGCUAUCCUUUCACAUCAUACCAUUGUAUGCCUAAGGCUGUUUGCCGUGGUUUUGGUCUGUCCAACAAAUGUGACACUUUACUGCUCACUCGUGCAUUUAGCGGAUGCUGUUGUGAUUAUUCAGAUAACUGCAAUGUUCCUCCCAGUGUUAAUACCACCGGACCAGUCGCUCCUAAACUUGCCCCUAUCGCUUGUUUCAGUGGAUUGAAAGUUAAUGGAAAUUUCACCGAGGGAUCUGGUUUCCAAACUUGUCAAGGAGACUGUAUGUCCCUCAAUAUUCUCACAAGUUAUGCUAAUCAAUCGAUUGCUGCUUCUAUCUACUCUUGCGAUCCAACAUCAGUCUGCUCGGGCUUGAAGAUAACAAAUCAAUGUACAGACAUUGAACCAGGUGCAAUUGAAGGAUGUUGUUGUUCUGACUCUGGAUGUAUUGAUCCUACAGCAAACCCCGAAAAAAAACCAAACGGAAAAGGAGUGGUCUGCUUGGUUGGACUUGUUUCAAGUAAUAAUGUCAGUAGCAUCGCUGAAACUCGCUGCUUUGGAUCCUGUGCAUCUCUUACCACCGUCGUUGCUAGCGUUAAUGUAACAGCAUUUGCCUGUGUACAAGACAGCUUGUGCAACGCUAUGAAUGUAUACGACAAUUGUGGACCACUUCCACUAGAAAAUAACGUUAGAGGAUGUUGUUGUAACAACGCAGAUAACUGUAAUGCUAACGGAUUUGGUGUUCAAACCAACAAAACAGCUCCUAACUAUCACGAGUACCCAGUUAUUUGUUAUUCCGGUCUUUAUGUCAACGGUUCACCAAUCGGAGGCGGACAAUGGGAAGCUUGUAACGGAGAUUGCGUGUCUGUUACUCUUAACAGCACUUACCAAUCCAAAUUCUACAGUGCCGAUUUCUAUACCUGCGAUCCUUCAUCCAUCUGUCAUCAGCUUAAUGUUAUCAACACUUGUACUAAUUACGCUGGUGGAUAUGGAGCAUGCUGUUGCGAUACUGAUACAUGUCUUGAUCCCACUCACAGAUAUCCACCUAAACGACCUGGAAAACCGUUGAAGUGUUAUGUUGGAUUAAAGACAAGUAACACUUCUGUUGGUUCCGAAGUUAACUGUAAUGGACAAUGUGCUUUCCUCACUGGACUCGUAGGAAACCCACCCUCUAACGUUACUGCAUACAUGUGUGCUCCUAAACGAGUUUGUAAGACUCUCGAACUCGACGAAAAAGUUAAGCAAAUUCCACUGGACACUGCUCUUUUUGGAAUGUGCUGUGACAGUUCUGACAACUGUAACGUAAAGGACAAGUCUAUCGAUACUUCUGCUAAUGUAUCCCAGAUUGUUGAAUAUCCUAUCACUUGCUACCAAGGUAUUCAAGUUAAUGGUGUCUGGGUUAGCAACGCCGGGUUCCAAGUUUGUAACGGAGAAUGUGCUAUGCUUACGCUUAAUUCCACCGUGAACAACGGAACUGCUAUCACUGCAUCAGUUUACACUUGUGACCCAACUGCUGUAUGUAAUGGUCUUGGAGUAGUAAACACUUGUGUACAAAUUCAAGAUGGACUUCAAGGAUGUUGUUGUAGAAGCAACGGAUGCAUUGAUCCAUCCAAGAACGUAACCAAGCUUCCAGGAAAUCCACUGACUUGUUACGUUGGUUUGCAAACUUCUUCUAAUAUUUCCUUCGGAGCAUCUGUUGUUUGUGACGGAAAGUGUUCGUCUCUUAGUGGUAUUGUUGGUGGACAACAAGUGACAACUUACCAUUGUGUUGAUAGCUCCAUCUGCAGAUCUCUUGAACUUGAUGAUGUCUGUAACACUUUGUACGCUGACCAGGAAGUCGUUGCUUGUUGCUGCGACAACUACGAUUACUGUAAUCUUCGUGAUAAUACUACUAAAAUCCCCGACCCUCCAACCAAAAACGUUGAGUUCCCAAUCACUUGCUGGUCAGGAGUCUAUCUCAAUGGUAACGCAAUUACUCCAACCAAGUGGACUGCUUGUAGCGGAGAUUGUGUUUCUGUCUCUUUGAAUACCACUCUCAACGGUACUAACACUGCCACCCUCUACACUUGCGACCCUUCAUCCGUAUGUACUGGCCUCAAAACAAUCAAUUCUUGCGCCAACCUCCAAACUGGACUUCGUGCUUGCUGUUGUAACACUGAUGGUUGUCUUGAUCCCAAGAGUGCACGUGAUCCUGGAAACCCAUUGAUGUGCUACGUUGGAGUCAAGACUGGCAAAGUCAGUUCUGGAGCUUCUGUUCCCUGUAACGGAAAGUGUUCCUCUCUUUCCGGAACAAUCAAUGGAACUAGAAUCGAAACUUUCCAUUGUUCAGACACAUCUAUAUGCCGCAGCUUGGAGUUAGACAAUGAAUGUCUCCCACUCCCAGGAGAUGCUGAAAUUCAGGGAUGUUGUUGUGACAACAAAAACUUCUGUAACCUCGACAUCGACCCAGCAAUCACUCCACCUCCAGUAUCUAACUUCACUGAACCACCAAUUGCUUGCUAUUCCGGACUCGUUAUUAAUAACGUGAGCAUUCUUCCAGCUAAGUACGUUUCCUGCCAAGGAGAAUGCGCUUCUAUCGAAAUCGAUACUAUCAUUGGACAAGUCCGCCAUUCUGCUGCUCUGUACACAUGUGAUCCAUCCACCGUUUGCCAGAGCUUAAAUGUCUCUAACACUUGUGCAUCCCUUGAUGUAGGAGUUAAAGGAUGCUGUUGUAACUCUGAUGUUUGUAUCGACCCUACCAAGAACAAGUCUCCUGAUGCCCCUCUCACGUGUUACGUUGGAGUCUACGCUGCUUACAACAAUUUCUCCGUUGGAGCUGAUGUUGUUUGUGCCGGCAAAUGUGCUUCCCUCGAGACCAUCAUCCAAAACAAUAAGGUCAAGUCUUACCACUGUGUCCAGCCAGCUGUUUGUUCCACUCUCGCUCUCGACAAUAGUUGUAACACCAUCCGUACUGACCGAGACGUAACUGGAUGCUGUUGUGACAACGGAAACAACUGUAACGCCCUCAACGAGCCAGUCUCUAGUAACUUCAACGGAACAACUCCCGGAAAUACCAUCGCUUGCUGGUCUGGUCUCUACCUUAAUGGAAAUCCACUUGCUAAGCCAGCAUACACUAGUUGUACUGGAGACUGUGCCGUCAUUCAGUUCAACACAACUGCUGUUGGUAACACUACCAACUCUUUGACUUUGUACACUUGUGAUCCCGUCACUGUCUGCAACAGUCUUAAUCUCAAGAACGCCUGCAACACUGUCGAUUCUCUCCCAGGAAUCACUGGAUGUUGUUGUGAUUCAGAUGCUUGCGUAGAUGGUUCUUCUAUUUAUCCAAAGACGAAGAACGCAGCUACCAUGUUAAACGCUUUCUCCGCAGUAUUCUUAGCUAUUGUAUAUAUGAUGCUGCGAUGCUAG